GCCAUUCCGGUUCCCUACAGCUGUGCCCGCGAGGCAGUGCAGAGGGAGAGUGUGGGAUUGAGGAGGCGGCUGCCCCACCCACCAUCUGUUAGAGCCCCGGUCUGCACCGCCAGGGUAGUGUGGUCCUACUGUGGUCCCACCUAGAAGGAUCAGCAGAGGCAAGAGAGAGCCUGGCUAAAAAAGGAGCCACACAUCUGGAACCAGAAUGUCUGCUACGGACCCAGGCUCGGAGCCCUCGCUGGGGGUGGACCCCUCUGAGGACACACUCCGGAGGCUGCGGGAGGCUUUCAACGCAGGGCGGACUAGGCCUGCUGAGUUCCGGACAGCACAGCUGCAGAGACUGGGCCAAUUCUUGCAGGACAACAAGCAGCUGCUGCAGGAUGCACUGGCCAAGGACGUGGGCAAGUCAGCCUUCGAGUCAGACAUGAGUGAGAUCAUCCUGUGCCAGAAUGAGGUGGACCUGGCCCUCAAGAACCUGCAGACCUGGAUGAAGGAUGAGUCUGUGUCCACCAACUUGCUCACAAAACUGAGCUCAGCCUUCAUCCGGAAGGAGCCCUUUGGCCUGGUGCUUAUUAUUGCACCCUGGAAUUAUCCUUUGAACUUGAUGAUCGUGCCCCUAGUGGGGGCCAUUGCUGCAGGGAACUGCGUGGUGCUGAAGCCAUCAGAGAUAAGCAAGAACACAGAGAAGGUGCUGGCCGAGCUGCUGCCCCAGUAUCUGGACCAGAGCUGCUUUGCUGUGGUGCUGGGUGGGCCCGAGGAGACCGGGCAGCUGCUGAAACAUAAAUUUGACUAUAUCUUCUUCACAGGAAGCCCUCAAGUAGGCAAGAUCGUGAUGGCCGCUGCUGCCAAACACCUGACGCCCAUCACCCUGGAGCUGGGGGGUAAGAACCCCUGCUAUGUGGAUGACGACUGUGACCCUCAGACCGUAGCCAACCGUGUGGCCUGGUUCCGCUACUUCAAUGCUGGCCAGACCUGUGUGGCCCCCGAUUACAUCCUGUGUAGCCAGGAGAUGCAGGAGCGGCUGGUGCGGGCCCUGCAGAAUGCCAUCACACGUUUCUAUGGAGACAACCCACAGACCUCCCCCAACCUGGGCAGAAUCAUUAACCAGAAACACUUCAAGCGUCUCCAGGGAUUGCUGGGCUGUGGCCGCGUGGCCAUUGGUGGCCAGAGCGAUGAGGGAGAAUGCUACAUUGCACCCACGGUGCUGGUAGAUGUGCAGGAAUCAGAGCCUGUGAUGCAGGAGGAGAUCUUCGGGCCCAUCCUGCCUGUGGUGACCGUGAAAAGCCUGGAUGAGGCCAUUGACUUCAUUAACAAGCGGGAGAAGCCGCUGGCGCUGUAUGCCUUCUCCAACAGCAGCCAGGUGGUGAACCAGAUGUUGGAACGCACCAGCAGUGGUGGCUUUGGAGGCAACGAUGGUUUUCUCUACCUGACUCUACCCGCCCUGCCCCUGGGGGGAGUUGGCAACAGUGGAAUGGGCAGGUACCACGGCAAGUUCUCCUUCGACACCUUCUCCCACCAGCGUGCCUGUCUGCUGCGCAGCCCGGGGAUGGAAAAGCUUAAUGACCUCCGAUACCCUCCUUAUGGUCCCUGGAACCAGCAGCUGAUAAGCUGGGCCAUGGGCUCCCAGAGCUGCACCCUUCUAUGAGCACCACCCUGACUCCCCCCUGCUCCCCAGCCCCUGACCUACCUGAGCUUUCAGCUGCUCCCACAUCCCCAGUGGUUCCCGAAAGGCAGGUGUCUGCCUGUGAACACCCCACUUCUGGAACUUUUUCUGAACAGACCUGCAGCCAGGCAGGACCUCCAGGUGGCUGGUCCAAUCCCUUCCCAGAGCACAGCCCCCUCAGCAGCCUCCUGACCCUCUGUUUAGACAGGUCUGCUGACAGAGAAGCCCCCUCCCCAAGGCUGGGCAGAUCUGGUGACUGAGGAGGACUUCCUUUGUCAGAUCAUAGACAGGGUCCCAAAAGACAGAGCAGUGGCCCACAGCUCCAUCCACACCCGGAGGGUGGCUUUGUCCCAUCUGAAGUGACAUGAUCUUGAACCCAGGUCAGAUUAAUUGGUGAAUCUGUCUGAAGUGUGUUCAUUAGUUACUUUUCUGUUACUUCUAUCAAAAGACUUUACAUAGGCUAGUUCAAGAGGGAAGAUUCUCACAUAGUUCAUGGCUUCAGGAGGUUCUAUCUCCCAUGACUCAGCAGACACAACAGAAUAUAGUUCAGCUCAUAGGAUGGCAGGCUAGGAAGCAUCAUGAAAAAGAAGGAAAGCAUGGUUGAUUAGUCAUGUCUGCUCUGGCCCAGGGAGGGCUGUGUGCAUGUGUUGGCUACAUCUCUACUCCUAGAAAGAGGUAGUGAGAGGUAGAAUAUGAAAUUGGAGACUUGGGGCUAAAGAGAUAGCUCUGUGGUUAAGAGCACUGACUGUUCUUCCAGAGGACUGGGAUCAGACCCCAGAGCCCACAUCACAGCUCACAACCGUCUGUAACUCCAGUUUAAGAGGAUCCAACACCCUCUUCUGGCCUCAGCAGGUACCAGGCACACAUACGAUGUCCAGACAUACUCAUAGGCAAAACACUCAUACAUGGAAAAUAAAAUUUAAAAAUAGAGGCUUGGAACCAGGUGUGGUGGUGCACGACUUUAAUCCCAGCACUUGGGAGGCAGAGACAGGUGAAUCUUUAUGCUCUUUGUAAUGUUAGCCUGGGCUACAGAGUGAGUUCCAGGACAGUCAGGGGUAUGCAGAAAAAAACAAACAAACAAAAAGCUGGAGACCACAUCUGAACAUGGGAAACUGAAGCCUUGAGUCAAGGCAGGAUUGUACUGAGUUCACAGAGGAAAGCAGGGCUCGAGCUGAGAGACAGUGGGCUUUGUUGAGGAUCACAGGGCUGGAGGCUGGGUAGACAGCAUGCCUGGCCCUGGGAUUGGUUCCUUGUUCUUCCCCAAUCCCCCACCCCUACCCCUGACUCCAGAGCCACUUUCAAUCCCCAGCCUUGGCUUGCUGGGCUCCUCAUUCUUAGAGUCACAGGAAAUCUGAGCUAGUGGCCUGAGGUUGAGAAAUUAAAAGAAGUGUGGUCUUAGACAUUUUGGGUGAUGGUAUCUCCAGAAUGGUACAUGGGGGACACCGCAGAGGCACUGAACAGGGACUUAUGGAUGGAUGAAGGAGAGAAUGAAUAAAAGAGAGAGGAACAGAUGGGUGUGUGGCUGGUGGCUGGCUGGGAGGUGGUUGGAUGGAGGGAUGAUGGGUUACUGAGUAGGUGGCCAGGUGAGUGGCAGGCUUGGGAGCUGCCCUGGGGCUCCAGUGGGUCCUGGUGGUGAAAUCUAGCCACAGGUGCUGGGCCCACAGUGGUCAUUAGCUUCGACCUAGAGUGGCCAUAAGAAAAUUGACACUAUCAUCCUUCCUGGUCCAAACCCAGGACAUCAGGUUAGCAGGAAGCCAGCAGGACAGCGCUAGAGUGAGAGCUGAAGGGAAGGGUCACAGUGAAAGCAGUGGGGAGGCAGAGAGAGCAGCGGGGGGCCCCUGGAUUGUAAAGGGGCUUUGGGAGGCCAGGUCUGGUGUAGGAAGGACUCAGGUAGGAGCAUAUAUCUUUGUGCAGCCAUAGCCAGGGGCCUCCUGCCCUUGUGUGGAUUGUGCUGGUUAGUGUUUUGAUAACUUGAGACAAGCUAGAGUCAUUUGGAAAGAGGGAACCUCAAUUGAGAAAAUGUCCCCAUCAGAUUGGCCUGCAGGCAAGUCUGUGGGUUAUUUUCCUGAUUGAGUGAUGGUGGGAGGGCCCAGCUCACUGUGAUGGAGCCAUCCCUGGGCAGGUGGUCCAGGGGUAUGAAAGGGAGUAGGCUGAGCAAGCCCUGGGGAACAAGCCAGUAAGCAGUGUUCCUUCACAGCCUCUGUUUCCGUUCCUGCUUUCAGGUUCCUGCCUUGAGUUCCUGUCCUGACUUCCUUCAGUGAUGGGUUUGUGCAGGCCUGUUAACCCUUCCUUCCCAAGUAGCUCUGGUCAUGGCGUCUUUAUCACAGCCACAGGAAGCAGGACGCUGUCCCUUCAGCGGUGGCAGCUUUAGCUCCUGUGAGGCAGCACCAAGCGCCAAAAGUCUUGCCUGGCACAGUGCAGAGGGCAGAGGACAGAGCUGUCCCCUGGGGCUGUACCUGCGGAUCUCAGAGGGUUCUCAGUGCCCUCCAGAGGAAUACUAAGAGACUUCCCACGCCCCCCUGCCCAAGCUUCUGUGCUCUAGAAAGUAGACACAAGGGGACAGAAGCCAGCUCUGGCUGGUUGCCAUGUCCCCAGUACCCAGCCAGA